AUGGAGGUUAAUAGUAGUAGCAAGGAAGGUGACUCCCAGCCAUUGGAACCGGCAGUGGAUGAGAGUUCAACAUCAUUUUCGUCAGCAUCAGUGCUGAUGCCAUGGCGUCCUAGGCAGCUUGCAUUUGGUCCUUAUUCGCCUUCUGUAAACACUGAUACAAAGCCCCAAUCUUUGAGAGUUAUUGUUAGAAGGCCUUUGGUGGCACGAUUGACUAAGGACAUUGUUGAGAUAUAUCAAAUCUGCAACCCUCAAUUUGGUUAUUCAGAAGAAUUUAAUCCGAAGAGGUUCCUGACGUCUCCAUCCACUGGGGUGUUGAAUGAUGGCUGUGAUAAUGCAAACUCAGACCUGAUUCUUACUGUAAAUUUGCCGUUGGUUAAUUUGGAGACACAACGAAGAUACAUUGUCAAAGAUAUGCUUGGCCACGGAACAUUUGGGCAGGUUGCUAAGUGCUGGGUUGCUGAAACAAAUAGCUUUGUUGCUGUCAAAAUUAUUAAGAAUCUACCUGCUUACUAUCAGCAAGCACUUGUUGAAGUUUCAAUUUUAACAACAUUAAAUAAGAAGUUUGAUCCCGAAGAUAAGAACCAUAUUGUUCGAAUAUACGAUUAUUUUGUGCAUCUACGGCACCUGUGCAUCGCUUUUGAGCUGCUUGACACAAAUCUGUAUGAACUUAUAAAGUUGAACCAUUUUAGGGGAUUGUCAUUGAACAUUGUGCAGCUAUUCUCAAAACAGAUAUUGCGUGGACUGGCUCUGAUGAAAGAUGCUGGCAUAAUUCAUUGUGAUUUAAAACCAGAAAACAUUCUUUUAUGCACAAGUGUGAAGCCGGCAAAAAUCAAAAUUAUAGACUUCGGAUCAGCAUGUAUGGAAGAUCGUACUGUUUAUUCUUAUAUUCAGAGUCGGUACUAUAGAUCUCCUGAGGUUCUUCUUGGAUAUCAAUAUACUACGGCUAUUGACAUGUGGUCAUUUGGGUGCAUAGUUGCUGAAUUGUUUCUUGGGCUUCCAUUGUUCCCAGGAGCUUCGGAGUUUGAUCUUCUAAGGAGGAUGAUUAAGAUAUUAGGGGGCCAACCUCCUGACAGUAUACUACGGAAGGCCAAAAACACUAGCAAAUUCUUUAAAUUCGUAGGGAGCAUCAAGCAUGAAGAGAGUGGCCAAAUUCCUACUACUAGUAGUAGAAUGUACCAAGUUUUGGCAGAAGAAGAAUAUGAAGCUAGGGAGUCAAAAAAACCAUCGAUUGGGAAGGAGUACUUUAAUAACAUGAACCUUGAAGCUGUUGUCACAAAGUACCCUUAUAGGAAGAAUUUGGCAGAGGAAGAUAUUGUUAAAGAAAGUCAAAUACGAUUAGCUCUGAUUGAUUUCUUAAGGGGGCUUGUUGAGUUUGAUCCAGCAAAACGGUGGUCACCAUUGCAGGCUUCAAAACAUCCUUUCGUGACUGGAGAACCUUUUACAAGUCCUUAUAAACCUGCUCCAGAGACUCCUCGUGUGCCUGUCUCUCAAAAUGUCAAGGUGGACCAUCAUCCAGCUGGUGGGCAUUGGUUUGCUGCUGGUCUCUCCCCUAAUAUUUCAGGCAGGAACCAAGUUAUGAUGCCAAACAGCCCGCAUUAUCAAGUCAUGUCAUAUGUGCAUGCAGGUAGUUAUGGUAGUCUGGGAAGCCAUGGUAGCUACAAUGAUGGCAUGGGGCUAGGAAGCAGUUAUGGGAGCUAUGGUGAUAAUAGUGAUUUGCCUGCAUUUUAUUCUCCAGUGGGUCCAUCAGGAAUGAAUAUCUAUGCACAAAAUGGCGCGUCAAUUCUAGGAAGUAGUCCUGAUGCGAGACGGAUCAUGCAUUUACCACAUGGGAAUGGGGUUGGUUUCAGCCCUGGAAAUUUUGUACCCAUGUCCCUUGGCUCUAGUCCUUCACAAUUUACUCCUCCUAGCUCAUAUUGUCAGAUUUCUGCUGGUUCACCUGGACAUUAUGGUCCUACUUCCCCUGUAAGAGGCAAUUGUCAUGGAUCGCCUUUGAGAAAAGUUGCAGCAGGUAGUCAUUAUAAUAGAAGAAAGAACUGGGCAUAUCCUGGGAGUGUACAAUCUCAAGAUAAUAUAUCAUCUUCUAGCUGCCAAGGGCGCAUUUCAGAUACUACUGUCUCUAGCCAUGCUGAGGGAAACUCUCAUGCCUUCAGUGUUCCAUCACAUUUACAGCCUAAUUCAAAUACAGCAACCUGGAGGCUACAACAAGGAGGCAGUAGUAUAAUCCCUGGUUACUCUUCUCACAGUAUUGUGAAUUCGUCAACACUUGGUGCCCAUAUGCCACCUGCCAAAGGGUGUGGAAAUGACAGGUCUGAAGCUAGUACCUCAUUACCUGAUCCAGGAGAUUGGGAUCCCAAUUACAGUGAAGAACUACUUUUGCAAGAGGAUAGCUCGGAUGUGAACGGCAUGACGACAGAAUUCAAGGAGAUGCAUCUUGGUCAGCCUCUAGUUUCUACAGAACCACAAAUCGGAGUCUCAAGAUUCAACCGCUUCACAGAUCCAAGUUUUCCAAUGCAAAGGCCAAGUGGGCCCAGUGUUCAGGCAUUUUCACUUGGCAACGUAGGUAGCACUUCUGGAAAUCACGAUAUGCAUGGUGGCUAUGCCCACCACACGACGAAGCAGUCCCAUUUUACUCCACAAAAUUCUCCUAGCCGUUUGGGCCAGCCAUCUAAUCAGCGACAUAACCAAGGGAGAUCCACUGGUUUCCGUGGCAGUGAAUGGAAUAAUUUUAACGUCCAGCCACCUCAAUCAAGCUAUAAUUCCGGGGCUCCUCAUUCUCCUCGUGGCAGUGGCUUGCAAUGGGGACGUAGAGGCAAUUACCCGGUCUCCAAUAUUCCAUCAGCUUCCCAUUCUCAUGGAAGAAAAGACUGUGACAUAAACCCAACAAACCCAACCUGCUUCUUUGCACAAGAGAGUUAUGAAUGUGAAACAGAAUCGUAG